AUGGCUCCCGGUGGUCGCAGGAGAAGAUCCAAGAAAGCCCUGGCUCUCCACAUCUCGGUGUUCAACACCAUGUCGUUUCCAUGUGGAAGGGACUGGGCGGAGCUGCCCAAGGACGUGCUCCUGCACAUCCUCCACAAGCUGGAGGACCAGGUGGAGCUCCUGCUGGGCGGCGCGGCGGGAGUGUGCCGCUCAUGGCGCCACGCCGCGCGGGGCGAGCCCGAGCUGUGGCGCCACAUAGAUAUGCGCGGCCAAUCCGUCCCAGGCUCCUCGCCGGCGGUCAGCUUGAAGAAGAUAGCGCAGGCAGCGCUGCGGCUGAGCGCGGGACAGUGCGAGUCCUUCGCGGCAGAGGAUGACGUCAACGACGACCUCCUCCUCUUCAUCGCCGAUCAGGCACCUUUACUUAAGAGCCUUCGUCUGGUCUCAUGCUACCGUGUAUCCAAUGAAGCAUUUGUAGAGGCCAUACAGAAGUUCCCCCUGAUUGAGGAGCUGGAGCUGUCGUCUUGUGUCUGUAUCAAUGACACCGGCUUACUCAAGCUUGUCGCGAAAGCAUGCCCACUGAUAAAGCACUUAAAAUAUUACAAGAUAGAUGAAGCAGGCUAUUCCAGCGACAAUGAAGCCUUGGCAAUUACAGGAAUGCCCAAUCUACGCUCCCUUGAGCUUUACAGCGAGGCUGUUAGGAAUGAAGGUCUGUUGAUCAUCCUUGAGAACUGCCCUGGCCUAGAGUAUCUUAACAUACGCGGUUGCCCUAUCAACAUGGAUGGCAAUCUACGAAAGAAGUGUGCCCGAAUAAAAGUGGGUGACUAUGAGCACUUUCCACGCAACAAGCCAAUUAGAUUAUUUCGUUCUACAAAAACAUCUUCAAGUAGAACAUACAUUAAAAACUCCGGCGAACACGUUAGCGUUCCCCAGUCCCACUACGUCUGCAGGCAUGUCAGUGGCAGUGAUGAUGAGAUUGAAGAUCAAAUGAGGUUUCUUGACAUCAAGAACAUGCGUAGGUACGCGAGCUAA